GAAUGUCGCAUAACUCUUGGCACAUUUUACGACGCGGUGGUUAAAUUAAUACCAUCCAUCACCUGCAAAGUGAAAGUGGAUGGAAGAAAUUUUUCGCCAUUGCUUUAAUAUCGACCAGUAGUAAUUUUGUAUUCGCGCGAAUAGCAGGUACCUGAAUAUGUAACGAGUUUUGUGGACAUCUUUUACGAAAACAUAUACGAAAUAUUAGGUAAUAAACCCGCAUACAGUGAUGUGAUUAUAUGUAAAAACAUAUUUCAGUAACUCGUGAAGCACGGUAGUGAAUAAAAUGUGGCUUAAAAAUUGUGUCAUACUGCUGAUUGUGUUAAUUUAUUGCAACGAUGCCCAACUGACCAAGAACCACAGGUUUAGACAGUUCCCGUUUAAGGCCGCCGAGAACUUGAGGCAUAGAUUAAGAGCUAGAAUUUAUCAAUACAGGGAACGGAAUACCCAAAUGAUAUGCUAUGAAACAGUGGGGUGUUUUUCUCUUCCCCAUGGUAACUCUCCCUUGCAAAGAGUACCUGAGGAUCCACAUACUUUAAGCACAAAGUUCUAUUUAUUCACGAGAAAAAACAACUUUUCUAUGCCUGAAGUUUUGUUCUACAAUGACGGAGGAAAAUCAAUCACAGAAUCUAGUUUCAAUCCCAAAAAUAAAUUAAAAGUUUUGGUCCAUGGGUACACCAGCAAAUGGAAUGAGAAAAACGCUCUUUUAGUAGCAGAUGCAUAUUUACAGCUGGACGAUUAUAAUGUACUUCUGAUGGACUGGAAAAUAGGAGCUAGAGGUCCUCAGUAUGUGAGUGCAGCUGCCAACAGUGAAAUAGUUGGAAGAGAACUAGGGAUUUUGCUUUUAAAACUGGUCGAAAAGGGAUCAAACCCAAGGAAUAUGCACUUAAUAGGUUUAUUGGGUGCCCAUGUAGCUGGGACAGCAUCGGAAAUUUUAAAAGAAAAAGGAUACUUGCUUGGCAGGAUAACAGGUCUUGACGCGGCUGGUCCAUUGUUUAGAAAUAACUAUUUCAAAGAGAAACAUAAAAAGCUGGACAGAAGUGACGCAGAAUUAGUAGACGUUAUUCAUACAGAUGCUAGUCCAUACCUUACUGAUGGUUUUGGAUUGUGGGAACCCAUCGGACAUGUAGACUUUUAUCCAAAUGGAGGUCAGGAACAACCAGGCUGUACUGACCUUAAGAACUCCAUAGUCAUAACCCAUUUAGAAAACCGCCCAACUUUAGACAGAGAUUCAGCCUGCAGUCAUAUAAGAGCUUUUCGACUAUACAUCGAAACGGUUCUGAACAAAGUUAAAAAUAAGAAUAAAAAAGCAGAUUAUUGCCAAUUUACUGCGUUUAACUGCAAUGGCGGUUUACCCUCCUUCGAGAGCGGUCACUGUUUCCCUCAAUUGGAAAAAGCCAACAGCCGUUUGGCCAUUGAUAGGUCUUACAUCGCCGAUGAGAUCGGACAAAUUGGUGAAGACGUUCGUGGAAGAGGAGUUAUGUACCUUUCAACAAGAAGCACAAGUCCACACUGUGGAACACAAUUACAAGCAUCUGUCCACAUUUCGCAGAAGACUGAUUCAAUAAAAGGAUUUUUAAAAAUGAAUCUGAUUUAUUCGAACAUGUCUGUCGAUUUCGAGAUUUUUACUGAUGUGAAGGAUUUCAUUAUUACAGGAUCGAGAAUGUACGGCUUGGCAGUGGCAGAAUUCGGAUCACUAGAUCCAGAUAGUGUUAAAGAGAUCGAGGCAGAUCUAUUCUUUUUCAAUCCAGAUAUUUAUGAAAAUCGUAACGAGACCUUCGUUCCUCCUAUGAAUUCCGCAAUUUAUAUAGACAAGAUCAUAGUAAGGGAUAUGUUUGGAAACAGCUGGCAGUAUUGUUUUAAGGACAUGAGUAUAAGUGAUACGAUUAUAAAACGAAUAACAUUACGUAAUAAAUUAUGUUAAUUCUACUCUAAAUACCGUAUUAAUAAAUGUCGGCUGAAUUCGUGUUACGAAGGGAAUCAAAAAGUUUUAUUUCAGUCCUUACAGACUUUACAACAUAUCAGGUAGAAUCAACUAUAGAAAUUUUAGUGAGUUCACGAAAUUAAGUGUGUUCAGUUCUGAUUCUUUAAUUAUACCCUCUUAUUAUUACGACCUUUAUAGAGAAAAUACAAUAUUGCAUUAGUUAUCCUUCUAUAGAGAAAUUUCCUUAGAAAUACAAUAUUGCCUUAGUUAUAACAUUAACAAGCUAUUUAUUUUUUUACUUUUUGGAAAUAUGUAAAUAAAUAAAAUUAAAGUGCCUUUUUGUGAUUUAGAAAUAAAGU